AUGCCAACCGGGUCCAAGUUCUGCUCUCUCAGGUGUCGGCUCAGUCAAAUAUUUAUCUCGAAAGAGUCGAAAUCUCCUAAGCUUGAUGAAGCAGAGGUUAAUAACGCGCUUGAUGAAUUCGAAAAUCACGGUCCAAACGGUCCAACACUAUCUGCUGGUUCAUUGACCUCACAGGAUGUUUUAUCACUCUUCAAGCUAGAGGAAGCGAAGCACCGUUGGAACAUUGAUUUAGAUCAUCUGUAUCCUGUCCCAGAUGCAUUACUGCGUGUAUUAGAAGACAUCCAAUAUGUUACAAAAGGAUCUCCCCCAAAUGAGGCCCUCACGAGAACAAAAGUGAAUUUGAUACUCAUAUCAUGUAUCGCGGCGGAGAAAAGACUCGUCGACCAAGUAACUUCUCAAGCGGCGAAUACGGGUGAUAAUAGACCAUCAACACCUGCUCCAGUUCCUCCAGCUCCAGUGCAAUUACAAUUCGAAAGCAAACUUACCUAUCCAGUCGAGUUUAAUGGUGAGAAGAGAUUAUAUUCAGGUAUUGCUGACUAUAGCUUAUGGUACGAGAGCGCGUCUGAAAUGGGAUUGAAUCUGGUAGUCAUGGAAGCCAAAAAGGAGUAUACUGCACAACUAGGGGAGGUCCAAUGUUUGUCAUAUAUGGGAGUUGUUCAUCGCUCCAGGAAAACCAUGGGUAAAGCAAAUUCAUCCGUCUAUGGUAUUUGUUCGGAUGGGCUGGAAUUCCGCUUCCUUCACAUUGACAAUGAGUCAAGAGUUUUAAGGGCCAUCCCAUUACGGUGGGACUUUGAAGGAAAGGAGAUAGUUUCACGUAUCCGAUUUAUCAUUCGAAUAGCCAUUGAAUCUAGUCCGACAACCACGCCGUUAAGACCUUUAGCUGUUCAGAAUGAGCGGGGAACACCUUUCAAGUUUUACCCAAAUGUGCAUCGCUCAGAUGAUGACGAUCCCAUGACCGACUUGAGACCUGAUGCUGAUGAUAGUCUGGAAUAA